UUUUUUUUUUUUUUUGUGGUCUUGUCGCAAAAGUAGUGCCGAUAAAACCUGGGAGAGGAGCCAAAGAUCUUCCCAGAUGUGACUGAAAACAGCACCUAUGGGUGGAGGCGUUUUUUCCAAGAAGGAAGCAUAAAGCCAGGUGUGCUAACAGAGCCCAGAAGUGGACUUGAUGUGACUGCUAUCGCCGGAUCUUUUACCUAAAAAGUGAACCUGCGGUGCUUCUUUUUCUUAUGUGGAAAGACAAUUGUUUUUAUCUUAACGGUGCAUGUAGGACAAAACUGAGUUGCCAUCUGGAGGAUCGGAGACGUAGUGUAGGAUGAAAAGACACUUUUCAAAGAGCAGGAACACAAUUUCAUUGCAGUUUGAUGGGAAGAAGGAAACGAUUUAACUUGAAAGAGACAUCCUCACCUCUUUCUGAUAGCUGCUUGACACUAGUACACCACAUAUUUAGAGUAAAGGAUUUUUUUUUCUUCUUAUGUGCUACUUAUAACUCCUCUCCCAUUCAUAAGGGAUCAGAAAGUUCGUAGGCACAGAAAGUUUUUUUCCUCUUUCACAUGCCUGCUGGCAGCCAAACACUUUGCUUCAAUGGCGAAUCACAGCUGUAAAAGGAGGAAUUGUAGAGGACGCCGAUACCUCAGCCCCACCUGGGAGAUAGCCUAGCUCAGCACAGCUCAGCACAGCCCCACUACCUAUCCCUUGACCCCAUCACCCCCUCUGCAUCCCACACAACAUCCCCUCCCUCCUCCUCCUCCUCCUCCUCCUCCUCCUUCUUCUUCCGCAAGUGAGUUGCCAUGGCAUCGGUGCGCUUCACGGUGACGCCCACCAAGGCGGAGGACCUCCCGGGGCUGUCGGACACGUCGCCCGACAUCAGCUCCCGCUCCGGCGCCCGCGUGCGCUUCGGCUCCAGGGAGAGCGUCAACCGGAGCGACCCGCUCAGCGACGCGUCGGGAGGCCAGACGACCACGACGGGAGGGGCCGAGACGCCGGACCACAGCAAUCUGGAUCAAGGUGAUGGAAAUUCAAAGAUAUCCAGCGUGUACAUCAACAACACUCACGGGGUGGAUGAUGACGACUUCUACGACAGGAACUUGGCCUUAUUUGAGGAGGAGAUGGACACUCGGCCGAAGGUGUCGUCUCUGCUCAAUCGCCUGGCAAACUACACCAACCUGACGCAGGGGGCCAAGGAGCACGAGGAGGCCGAGAGCAUCGGAGAGAAGAAGAAAGCCGGCAAGUCGCCUCAGAUGGGGACGUUCAUGGGAGUUUACCUGCCCUGCCUCCAGAACAUUUUCGGCGUCAUCCUGUUCCUGCGGUUGACCUGGGUGGUGGGGAGUGCUGGGGUGCUGCAGAGCCUCUGCAUUGUCUUCAUAUGCUGUUGCUGUACGCUGCUGACCGCAAUAUCCAUGAGUGCCAUCGCCACCAACGGAGUCGUACCAGCGGGAGGCGCCUACUUCAUGAUCAGUCGCUCUCUGGGUCCAGAGUUCGGGGGGGCGGUGGGCCUGUGCUUCUACCUGGGCACCACCUUCGCUGGAGCCAUGUACAUCCUGGGAGCCAUCGAGAUCCUUCUGAUGUACAUCGCACCUAAGGCGGCCAUUUUUGAGUCCAAGCACCCCGAAGGCGAAGGGGCGGCCAUGUUGAACAACAUGCGGGUCUACGGCUCCAUCUGUCUCCUCCUGAUGUCCUUGCUGGUCUUUGUGGGCGUCAAGUACGUCAACAAGCUGGCCUCCAUCUUCUUGGCCUGCGUCAUCGUCUCCAUCGUCUCCAUCUACAUCGGCGCGCUGGUCUCCGCCUUCAAACCGCCAAAUUUCCCCGUGUGCAUGCUGGGAAACAGAACUAUCAGCGGGCAUGAAAUUGAAGACGACCAAUGCGCAAAAACAAGUCUGCUGCGGAUUGAAGAGCCAGUGGAUGAAGUUGAAAACAACUUCACAUUAAUGAAUGAAAACAGCACCAUGGGCCCGACCUUUGACCCCUCCCUCGCACCCCCUCUCCUGGAGAAGACCACGUAUCUUUGGAAGCAGUUUUGCCAGGGCCCAGAAGUCAACGCCACCUGUGACGAAUACUUCCUCUCCAACAACUUUUCCCAGAUCGAAGCGAUCCCCGGUCUGGCCAGCGGGAUCAUUUCAGAGAACCUGUGGAGCUCCUACCUCAGCAGAGGGGACGUGGUGGAGAAAGGCUCCCUCAGCUCCUCUCAUGAUUCCCACCUGGCCUUCACCCAGCAGCCCUACGUGUUCGCCGACAUCACCACCUCCUUCACGCUGCUGGUGGGCAUCUUCUUCCCCUCCGUCACAGGAAUCAUGGCUGGUUCAAACCGGUCGGGGGAUCUGAAAGACGCCCAGCGCUCCAUCCCCAUCGGGACCAUUCUCGCCAUCCUCACCACCUCCAUCGUCUACCUGACCAGCGUUAUCUUGUUUGGAGCCUGCAUCGACGGGGUGGUGCUCAGAGACAAGUUUGGAGACUCCGUUAAAGGGCACCUGGUGGUGGGGACUCUGGCCUGGCCGACUCCCUGGGUCAUCGUGAUUGGCUCUUUCUUCUCGACGUGCGGCGCUGGCCUCCAGUCGCUGACCGGCGCUCCCCGACUCCUGCAGGCCAUCGCAAAGGACAACAUCAUCCCCUUCCUCCGGGUGUUUGGACAUGGGAAGGCUAAUGGGGAGCCCACCUGGGCCCUGCUGCUGACAGCCCUGAUAGCCGAGCUGGGGAUUCUUAUCGCCUCUCUGGACCUGGUGGCUCCCAUCCUUACAAUGUUCUUCCUGAUGUGUUAUCUGUUCGUGAACCUGGCUUGUGGCCUCCAGACUCUCCUGAGGACGCCCAACUGGAGGCCACGCUUUUCCUAUUACCACUGGACCUUGUCAUUUUUGGGGAUGACUAUCUGCCUGGCGCUCAUGUUCAUAUCUUCCUGGUACUACGCAAUCGUUGCCAUGGUGAUCGCCGGCAUGAUCUACAAGUACAUUGAGUACCACGGAGCGGAGAAAGAGUGGGGGGAUGGGAUCCGCGGUCUCUCGCUCAGCGCUGCCCGAUAUGCCCUCCUGAGGUUGGAGGAGGGACCGCCGCACACCAAGAACUGGAGGCCUCAGGUGUUGGUCUUGCUAAAACUGGACGAGGACGCCCACGUCAAGUCUCCUCGGCUGCUGACGUUCGCCAGCCAGCUGAAGGCGGGAAAGGGCCUGACCAUCGUCGGCACCGUCGUUUCCGGCAACUUCCUGCAAAGCUACGGAGAGGCCCUCGCUGCCGAGCAGACUCUGAAGCACCUGAUGGAUAAGGAGCGCGUGAAGGGCUUCUGUCAGUGCAUCGUGGCCCAGAAGCCGCGUGAAGGCAUCAGUCACAUGAUCCAGUCCAGCGGUCUGGGAGGAAUGAAGCCCAACACCGUGGUGAUGGGCUGGCCUCACGCCUGGAGGCAAAGCGAGGACCCGCAGGCCUGGAAGACCUUCAUCAACACGGUGCGGGUGACCACGGCAGCACACUUGGCUCUGCUGGUGCCCAAAAACAUCUCCCUGUUCCCCAGCAACAGCGAGCCCUGCACAGAGGGCUACAUCGACGUCUGGUGGAUCGUCCACGACGGCGGGAUGCUGAUGCUGCUGCCCUUCCUGCUGCGCCAACACAAGGUGUGGCGUAAGUGCGGGAUGCGAAUCUUCACAGUGGCCCAGAUGGAGGAUAACUCCAUCCAGAUGAAGAAGGACCUGGCAACCUUCCUCUAUCACCUACGCAUUGAGGCCGAGGUGGAGGUGGUUGAGAUGCACGACAGUGACAUCAGUGCAUACACCUAUGAAAGGACCCUGAUGAUGGAGCAGAGGUCUCAGAUGCUCCGACAGAUGCGACUGUCUAAAUCGGACCGGGAAAAAGAGGGAAAUCCUGGUAGCGGCAGCAGUAGGCCAGAGGCAGGUGGAGCUACAAGGUCUCAGGCCCAGCUGGUGAAAGACCGUAACUCCAUGCUGCGGCUGACGAGCAUCGGCUCAGACGACGACGACGACACGGACGGCAAUGAGCGAGACAGAAGCACGAGCACAGCCGGCGGCGGCGGUGGGGGAGGAGGAGGAGGAGGAGGAGGCGGCGGCGGCGGCAGCACCGAGCACCAUCGGCGAGUUCAGAUGACCUGGACCAAAGAGAAGUCCUCGCAGUACAGAGCGAUGCACUCCGGCUGCUCCACGCCGGAGGGCUUCAGAGACAUGCUCAGCAUCCGGCCGGAUCACUCCAACGUCAGGAGGAUGCACACCGCCGUCAAGCUCAACGAGGUCAUCGUCAAUAAAUCCCAUGAUGCCCGGCUAGUCCUGCUCAACAUGCCAGGACCCCCCAGGAACACGGAGGGAGACGAGAACUACAUGGAGUUCCUCGAGGUCCUUACAGAAGGUCUGGAGCGUGUCCUGUUGGUGAGGGGUGGAGGAAGUGAAGUCAUCACCAUAUACUCCUGAUCGGACAGAAAACGGAGGAAGCCGGCGUUAAAGACGCAGCCGAUGGCGAGGAAGUGAGCGAAAGGGAGGGGGGGGGGACCUGUGAGCUCCGGGGCCCAAAAAGAGAGAGACCACCGUCACGCCCGACACCUCCCCUUUUUCUUCUUCUUUACACCUCUCUGUCAUGACAAGGGUUUCCUUUCCACUUACGUCAAGCUACAGAAAAUGCCAACACAAUUCCACGAGCAAAACAAUAAGAGUGAUCAGCUGUGUGUGUUUGUUUGUGUGUGUUAGUGUGUGUGUGUGUGUGAGAGUCAUCCACCUGAGGGAGAUUGGGUUUGUUGGGAGGAGAGGACCGGUUUUAGGGGGGGGCGGGCGGUGGACCAGCGGAUGUGACCAAUCGUGAAAUGUAGAGAGCGAGAGGCUGUGAAGCGUCCCAGAAACGGAGCAGUCAUUCCACUGACGAGACUCAGGAUUGCUUUUUUUUGUUUGUUUGUUUGUUUUUUGUUUGUUUUUGUACAGAAUGUAUUUUGGAAGAAGAUGUGAGCGCUCUUGAGAGUAGGCUGAAUGUCUGGAAUCAAGUGUGUUUUUUCUGUUUGUUUUUUGUUUUUUUUCUCCUUGAAGACACAGUGAAGUUUAUUACAAUACGACUUAAAAACUGGAAAAGUAACGCUGCAUCAAAGGAAGUGAGGCGCCUCCAGUUUUAAAUCUGUUUACCGGUUAAUUUAAAGGAAAUCCGUGUGCUUUUGUACCGUCUCCCUGCUGUCAUGUAUGUAAUGCAUAAGAAAUGUUGCCUCCCUUUUGUUUGAAUUUGUUUCAUCCAGAGUCUAGUUGAAGUUUGGACUCAACUUCUGUUCAAAUGGUUCGUUGGUCAAAUCUUUAAGCUUUUUUUUAAAUCAUAAUCUGUGCUCUUGUAUGGAGGCCCAUUUAUGGCAGGAAAAGUAAAAAUGAUGAAUGAAAUGAUGGUCAAGGUAAAAAUAAAAAUGCUACAUUUUAUUUAUUUGCUGUCUUAAUUAUGACUCAUUAUUUUGACUAUAAAUUUAAUUUACAAAGUCAAAAUUAUGAAAUUAAGUAUAAUCUAAAUUUAAAUAAAAAAAGACUGAAUGAAAAGUUACAAAAGCAAAAUCAUUCGAUAGGAUGUCAAAUCAAUUAUUUAGCUUACAAAAGUGAUAACUAUAAAUUAAUUCAAAUUUUUGACUAAUUCAAGUCAAAAUAAUGACAUAGCAAGGCAUAUAUAUCUGAUCAAAAAACAUAUUUUGUUUCAAAAAAAGACAGGAAUAGUCAAAAUACUUAAAUCCAAAUUAAAAUUUGUUGAGGUGGACUUUUUAUCUCAUCAUUUAGAUUUGUUCCCUCUUUCUUUUUGUCUUUCUUGAUUAAAAAUGGGCUUCUAUACAUCAGCUUCUCCAUAAUCUCAUAAAAACAAACGACAUAUCUUUCAGUCAAGCCGUCAAACGCCAGCAGUGUGCUUGGCCAUCAAGUCGGCUCUGCGUUGAGAAUGGGGAAUCUGUCACUUAUAUGAAGAUGGGAGGAGCUGCCUUCAUGCUCCACAUUUAUGGAUUUGUGAUGUCAACCAAGAUCCCAGGAAAAUGAUUACCAAUGAUAAGGAAACGUCUCCUCUGUGUCGUGCCAUAAAGUGUCCCCGCGUUGGACGAAGAGUGUGUUUUAAUAACGAGGUCGGACUUUGUGCUCGUGAAUUCCUCGUAUAGAGAAGAAUGAAACAGUAUUGUUGACACACUGGACCAUCAUGGAGAGGACCACUGCACUGCAUGCUGUCAAAACGUCACUGUCACUUGGAGAGAAGUGUGUGAGUGUGUGUGAAUGGUAUAUGUGUUCACUUGACUCAUUAUGGUGUUUCCCAUUCCCUCUAAUGGGAAUAUUGGCUGCUUUGUGUCGUGUGAGCUUGUGCCCUGGAACUCUACACCUCACCAGACACCUAAACAAAACCUGCUGACAUCCUGCUGUGUGUGUGUAUGUAUGUAUGUGUGUGUGUGUGUGUGUGUGUGUGUGAGCUUGUUACUAAUGUAAGGAGCUGUAAACUAGAGGUGUUGCUUUUUGUUCUUUUUUUCUUUUCUUUUUUUUACAGUGUUAUCGUGCAGGGAUUAUUUUAUGUUCACAGUUUUUUCCUAAACUUUUUUUUGUUUGUUUUUCUUGCUUGUACAUAAAGACAAUAAUGAUCCCAAGUUUUAUCUUUUUUUAAUUACAUUAAUAUAAAAAAAAAAGGAAUCAUAAAAAACUUUGCUUGAAAAAAA